UUCAUCUCUUACAUCAGGUCAAGACGAUGACUUGUAAAAACCUAGACGUGUUAUUAUCCCCGUUUGGGAGUAUAAUAAUGUUUCAAAGUCUGUGUUUCCUCUGAGAUUAAAACCUAYUGCAAAAGUURUAUUGUGUUAUUCCACCAGUGACAAUAAAAUCKCAAUGUUUUACGUGAUUAGUGUAUUAAUUGCUCUCCUAAGUGUUACUUUUGCGUAUUAUAAAUGGGUUUACCAGUAUUGGGAGCGCAAAAAAUUACCAUUUYUGGAACCCACCAUCCCUUAUGGCAACAUCACAAGUCCCUUCAACCGCAAAGAGAACAUUUCGGUAACAUUUAAAAAAAUCUACGAUGAGAUGAAGACAAGAGGGUGGAAACAUGGGGGAAUUUAUACCAUGGUCUCCCCGGCUUAUUUCCUCGUCGACUUGGAUUAUGUCAAAAAUGUAAUGACGAAAGAUUUUCAACAUUUCGUAGACCGGGGCUUCUACCACAACGAAAAAGACGACCCAGUCAGUGCCCAUUUGUUCGCAAUUGGGGGCCCAAAAUGGCGCUUUUUGCGCACGAAACUCACCCCAACUUUCACCUCCGGGAGAAUGAAAAUGAUGUUCCAGACUUUGGCCGACUGUGAACUAAAUCUCCAGGAAAAAAUGCGAGACGAAUUCGAGGAAAACCAACCAAUUGAUAUCAAGGAAAUUUUGGCUUGUUUCACCACUGAUAUCAUCGGUUCUUGUGCUUUUGGRYURGAUUGCAAGACUUUCCAAGAGGAAAACUCGCCGUUUAGGGUCUACGGUCGCAAGGUUUUCACUCCAAAUAAAUUCCGGGUUGUUAAAAGCACUUUUGCUGCUAAUUUCCCGGAUUUGGCCCGAUUUUUCAAAAUCCGGGCUUUUCCCAAAGAYAUCGGUGAUUUUUUCCUMAAAGUGGUCAAGGACACGGUUAAUUACCGCGAGAAGAAUAAUUUUACACGAAAAGAUUUCAUGCAAUUGUUGAUUGAUUUGAAGAAUAAUAAGCUUGAGGGGGAGGAGGGUAAAAUUGAGGGUCGAGGUUUGACAAUUGAGGAAGUGGCAGCUCAAAGUUUUGUCUUCUUUUUGGCCGGUUUUGAGACGUCUUCGACUACGAUGACUUUUGCUUUGUACGAAAUGGCCAAACAUCAAGAUAUUCAAGAUAAARUAAGGGAAGAAAUUUCUACAGUUUUGAAGAAACACGACGGUAAAAUCACUUACGAAGCCAUCCAAGAAAUGAAAUAUAUGGGUCAAGUCAUUGAUGAGACUUUACGAAAAUACCCUCCAGUCCCAUUUUURACCCGGGAGUGUGUCAAGGAUUAUAAAAUUCCCGAUGAAGAUGUUGUUAUUAAAAAGGGCACAACUGUGAUUAUCCCAGUUCUUGGUAUUCACUACGACAAGGAUAUUUAUCCUGAUCCUGAAAAAUUCGAUCCUGAAAGAUUUACGGAAGAAAAUAAGAGUGCAAGACACAAUUAUGCUCAUAUUCCAUUCGGGGAAGGACCGAGAAUUUGUAUCGGGAUGCGAUUUGGGUUAAUGCAGUCCAAAGUUGGUUUGACUUCACUCUUGAAAAAAUACAAAUUUACUGUUAAUAAGAAAACUAAGGAACCGAUCAAGUUUCAAAUAAAUCCGUUUAUUUUGGCCGCUGAAGGCGAGGUUUGGCUGAGUGCUGAAACCAGUGAGCUCGCAACAUCAGAGAUGAUCAUUACUAACUCGCUCUUUGGCGAUUUCGUCGCUCUUUUAUUAACUCUAGUGUUGAUCAUUAUCACGUAUUGCAAAUGGAGUUUACAGUACUGGAAACGCAAGAAUUUGCCCUAUCUCGAGCCCCAAAUCCCCUUCGGAAACGUGGGAGACGCAAUUAAAGGUAAAGAAAAUUUCGGAAUCACGAUUAAGAAAGUCUACGAGGAAAUGAAACGGAAGGGAUGGAGACAUGGGGGCCUUUACGUCUUCACCGAACCCAACUACAUGGUCCUUGACCUUGAAUAUGUGAAGAAUAUAAUGACCAAAGACUUCCAAUAUUUCGUGGAUCGCAGCACUUAUUACAACGAAAAGGAGGAUCCCUUAAAUGCCCAUUUGGUGAACUUAGGGGGGACCAAAUGGCGAAAUUUGCGAACCAAACUAACCCCGACUUUCACUUCAGGAAAAAUGAAAAUGAUGUUUCAGACUUUGGCCGAUUGCCAAGCCGGUCUCCUGAAACGAAUGGAGAAAGAGAGACUGACUGAAAAACCCAUCGACAUCAAGGAAGUUCUAGCGUGUUUCACCACUGAAAUCAUCGGCUCUUGUGCUUUCGGCCUGAAUUGCAAAGCUUUCGAAGAUGAAAACUCACCUUUCAGGGUUUACGGACGUAAAGUUUUCGCCACUUCACGACUGCGAAGACUGAAACGCACUAUUGCGACGAUUUUCCCCACUUUGGGGUACCUUUUCAACAUUUCGAUAACCCCAAAAGACAUAACUAAUUUUUACAUGAACGUGGUGAAAGACACAGUUGAGUAUCGGGAAAAGAAUAACUACACUAGAAACGAUUUUAUGCAAUUGUUAAUUGAUUUGAAAAAUAAUAAACUCGAGGAAGUUUCAAGUGGGAGUUUCACGUUGAAGGAAGUAGCGGCCCAAAGUUUUGUCUUUUUUUUGGCCGGAUUUGAAACUUCCUCAACUUUAAUGAGUUUUGCGUUGUACGAAUUGGCCAAACAUCAGGAUAUUCAGGAUAAAGUCAGACAGGAAGUUGAUGAAGUUUUGAAAAAACACAACGGAAACGUUACUUACGACUCAAUCAACGACAUGAAGUUUCUGAGCCAAGUAAUUGACGAAACAUUGAGGUUGCAUCCACCGGCAUCCUUAGUCAACCGGAAAUGCGUCAAGGAUUACAAAAUCCCGGACUGUGACCUUGUAAUCGAAAAAGGCACAACUGUCCUAAUCCCAAUUAUGGGUAUCCACUACGAUAGGGAUUAUUACCCUCAUCCUGAGAAAUUCGAUCCUGAAAGGUUUAGUGAAGAAAAUAAGGCUUCAAGGAACAGUUAUGCCCAUAUUCCGUUUGGGGAAGGUCCCAGAAUUUGUAUAGGAAUGCGAUUUGGUUUAAUGCAAUCCAAAGUCGGUUUAAGUUGUUUACUGAAACAUUACAGGUUUACGGUUAAUAAGAGGACAAUAGAACCGUUGAAAAUGCAACCAAGUACCCUUAUAUUGAGUGCAGAAGGCGAGAUUUGGCUAAAUGCUGAAAAAUUGUAACAUUUCAGACGUAAUUUUAAUUUUGAAACCCACCAACAUAAAGCAUCAAAUUCAAGAAAAAUUUAUCUAAACUCGCUUAAUAAAAUUUUCACAGAACUUAUUAUUUUUUAUUCAUACAUUUAGUACAGAUUUAGGUAAUUUAAUAAACUGGAUUAACAAUUUCGAAAAGCAACCCACAAGGUAGAGAAGAGAUUUUUAUAGCCGAGCUUGGGAAAAAUUGAUUACUAACUUCGAAAUGUCAACUAAGCAACUUCUACUUUUACAUAAAUUUUGAGAAUUUUACCGAAAACUUCUCAAAAACUGAAAAUUUCAUAUAUUUGGUACACACACUAUAUUAUUUAUAUUUUAUUUAUACCUAAAAGCUACCCAAUAAAUGUUUCUUUUACUUUUGA